AGACUUGAAUCACAUCAACUCUCGGAUGAAUUAUCUUUCAUCUCAGCCUCGCUCCCAACAGCUUAUAAAUAAAGAAAAUCGAUUACUUUCUGCAAUGGAAGAUAUUUUAAUACAGUAUCUACAUGAAGUUAAACGAAUAAUUACAAAGGCUGACAAAAAAGAUCCAGAAUUUGUUUUUUAUGACGUUUUUGAAUCUAAAAUGAGUGUCUACAGUGUAAAGCCAGCUUUGUUUGAUUUAAUACUUGCUAUUGGUAUUGCAUUUUAUCUGUGUAUUGUUUACAUCUUCGUAGAGAACUUUACUGUGCUGACUGCUCUGCUUCCAACUUUAAAAAAGCAAAAAACUUAUUAGUUUGUGUUCACACCGUUUUAAUGUAAAUCGUUUUUUAUUUUUUUAUAGAAUAAAAUAUAAAAUCUAGUGAA